GGCCGCUCCUUGUCCUGCUCGUCCUCGCCGCGGCUCAGCGCCAUCCUCUCUCUCCCGAUGCCUUUCCUGGACCUGGAGACCAGCCUCCCGGCCGCGCAGCUGGCCCCGGACCUGGGGCAGAAGCUGUGCGCCGCCGCGGCCUCCAUCCUGGGCAAGCCCGUGGAUAGGGUCAACGUCACAGUGAAGAGCAGCUUGCCCAUGGUGAUCGGGGGCUCUGCCGCACCCUGCGCCCAGCUGCUGGUCUCCUCCAUCGGGGUGGUGGGCUCCGCUGAGCAGAACCGAGGGCACAGCGCCAAGUUCUUCGAGGUCCUCACCAAGGAGCUGGGGCUUGGCCCUGACAGGAUUCUUAUCCGUUUUUAUCCACUGGAAGCAUGGCAGAUCGGCAAGAAUGGAACUGUGAUGACUUUCUUGUGAUUCUUCUCGACACCUAUAAAUAUCCUCUGGGAGAUGCAAUUCAAGGAUGACCAGCUCCACCUACUUGUUUCAAAUUAUGAUUUGUACCCAUCCUCAUUUCCACUCAUGUGAUUUGCUGCUGUGUUUAUCUUCUGUGCACAAACAGCUCAAAGUUGCAUUAUCAGCCAAACUGGUUUGAAUGUAACAGCUGAGGGCCUUUGUUUCACAUGCAUCCAGUUAUCAAUGGUUUGAGCCUUGUCUGAAAUCAUUGUAUGGUUUCUGGCUGAAAGUCACAACUUUGAUAUCAGAAAGCCUGCUCACUUGGGGCCAGUUAAACAGAGUUUGUAGACAUGUCCUUUAACAACAAGCAGUUCUUGUUUGUUUCUAUUAUGAGAUUUACUUUACAGAUAGUGGCAAAGAUUCUCUAGCUAUGUUCAUCUUGCAGGCUGAUGUGAAAGAAAGAACAAACCUUACCUCUCCACUUUGCUGUCAUGCUUAUGAUAUGCUUUCUCUGUUCUGAUGGUCCGUGGGCCAUUAGUGUGAAAACUACUGCCUUAAUUUCUCCACCAGUUAGUCUCCUGACUGGGAACAUAUUUCUGCAGGCUGUCCUACUUCCAAAGUCCCUAAAUGUUGUUUGGCACUGGAUCAUAGUCUAACACACAGUAUUUGGUUAUUUCUGCUGUGGCAGGGGAUGAGGAGAAGGAGAACUAGAGCUUUCAUUUCUAAUUUCCAUUUUCACUCCAUGACCUUUUCAGAAAAGAGAAGACUAUUCUGGAGGACAUGCCUCUAAAACAGUGUGGAAUGGUGUGUGGGGCUCCCCUCAAAACUCUGCCUUAAUCUCUGCUCUACUUCACCUGCACAGAUGGUUGUUCCCAUGAAAAUUCACUAUAGUUCUGUACCUUAACAUCAGUUCAUGGGUGGGGGAGAAAGAUGUGUGCAAGUUAAAGAAUUACUUAUGGCAGAAUCAGAACAUGCCAUAGGACAUGGUGCUCAGGAAAAUGUUUGUUCAUUCUGCAAAUGAUUAGUUUCAGUCUCUGUCAGCUGUCUCUUAGUCCAAAAUACUUCUUGUAAAUCCUGCCACAGGGUGCAUGAGAACACAUCCUCUGCUGCUGCUCUGUGGCUAAUAUCUUCAGUGUGUUAUAUUCCCCAGAGAGGAGAUGAUGAAUUUGCACAUAACUGGGCAUGUCUACAUGAGAUGCUAACUGCACAGUAGCCAAAUAAUACUGCAUAUACAGUAUCACAGUAGCACAUCACAGCACUAACAGUGCUAAUUUGCUACUGCGCAGUAUUAUUAAGCUA